GUCUCGAGUCCUUCAUUUCUGUGGUGCAUGAGAUGAAGGACAGAUAACUUGGCCUAGGACUAGAAGAAGAUUAAUUUUGCUUCUCCCAGGGUGAGGGAAGGGGGAAAGGGAGAAAAGAAAAAAAAUCAGUUUUAAAAUAAGCUACAGUGACAAAGCAUCAAGGAUUAUGUUCAAAGCAUAAUCCUUAGGCAAACAGCAAAGGAUCACUGUAGGAAGAUAAGAUUAUGAACUAGUUGAAGAACUUGUUCAGGACACGGAACUGUCAAAGUGCAGCAACUGAUUCUAGGCCAAGGUCCAGACAGAAAACAGUUUCAUAGCAUUAGCUUCAGCUUUGAGUGGGCUGUGCAUGAUCGUCACAAGCAGCAGAAACGGCACUCUGCUGAAACUUGAGGACAGAUAUAUGGAAGUUCAUCGCUGUGGUGAUUUUCUAAGGAAGGCUUAUGAGGAGUAACCAGGUGAGCUGGUUCCCCUUGCCAUACUUUAUGAUGUUCUGCCUCACCUAGAGCCCUGAAGAAUGGAGCCAGCUUUCUAUGGACUAAGAACUCUGAAACUUUGUAGAUGGACAUGAUACCUUUAUUUUACUUUUAUGCGGUGCUGAAGAUUGAACCCAGUGCUUCAUAUGUGUGAGGAAGGCAGAAACUCCUCAGAUGACUUUCAGAGAUAAUCAAAUUUGUAUCCCGAUGUUGCAAAGAAACACCGAUGGCCUGCCCGGGAUGUCCUCCAGGGACCUGCAGACAUCUACUGAGGGGGCUGUGUUGAGUUUUCAUCACAUCUACUAUCGAGUAAAAGUAAAGAGUGGCUUUCUACCUGGUCAGAAUAAAGAAGAGUUAGAAAUACUAUCAGAUAUCAAUGGGAUCAUGAAACCUGGCCUCAAUGCUAUCCUGGGACCCACAGGUGGAGGCAAAUCUUUUUUGUUAGAUAUCUUAGCUGCAAGGAAAGAUCCACAUGGAUUAUCUGGAGAAGUUUUGGUAAAUGGAGCACCUCGGAAUGCCAAUUUCCCAUGUGAGUCCGGUUAUGUGGUACAAGAUGAUGUUGUGAUGGGCACCCUGACAGUGAGAGAAAAUUUACAGUUCUCAGCAGCUCUUCGGCUUCCAACAACUAUGACAAAUCAAGAAAAAAAUGAGAGGAUCAACAAAGUCAUUAAAAAUUUAGGUCUGAGUAAAGUGGCUGAUGUUAAGGUUGGAACCCAGUUUAUAUCUGGAGGAGAAAGAAAAAGGACCAGCAUAGCAAUGGAGCUGAUCACUGAUCCUCCCAUCUUGUUCCUGGAUGAGCCCACAACUGGUUUAGACUCGAGCACAGCUAGUACUGUCCUUUUGCUCCUGAAAAGGAUUUCUGAGCGGGGACGAACAAUCAUCUUCUCCAUUCAUCAACCUCAGUAUUUCAUCUUCAAGCUGUUUGACUGCCUCACAUUAUUGGCCUCAGGAAGACUUAUAUUCCAUGGUCCUGCACAGAAGGCUUUGGGGUACUUUGAAUCAAUAGGUUACCCAUGUGAACCUUACAACAACCCUGCGGACUUCUUCCUGGAUAUCAUUAACGAAGACUUUUCUGCUGUGGGAUUAAACAGAGAGGAAGGAGACUGUGAAGCUAACGAGACUGAGCAGCUUUCUCAGAGAGAAAAGUCAGUCGUAGAAAAACUAGUUGAAUAUUAUGCCACCUCCUCCUUCUACAGAGAUACCAAAGCUGAGUUAGAUGAACUUUCAGGAGGUCAGGAAAAGAAGAGGAGCUCAGCCUUCAAGAAAAUCACUUAUGUCACCUCCUUCUGUCAUCAGCUCAGAUGGAUUAUCAGGCGUUCCUUCAAAAAUGUUCUGGGUAUUCCCCGUGCCUCUAUAGCUCAGAUAAUUGCCACAGUCAUACUUGGAGUGUUUGUAGGUGCCACUUUCCAAGGGCUAACAAAUAGUUGUAUGAAAACGGAGAGUAGAGCUGGGCUGCUUCUCGUGCUGGUGGUCUACGAGUGUUUCAGCAGCAUAUUAGCUGGGCAGAUCUUUGUGGUCGAGAGGAAACUCUUUAUACACGAGUACAUCAGUGGAUACUACAGAUUGCCAUGUUAUUUCUUUGGAAAAUUGUUAUUUGAUUUAUUACCCAGGAAGUUGUUGCCAAGUAUGCUGUUCAUUUGUAUUAUAUACUUCAUGGCAGGAUUGAAACCAGAGGCAGGGGCUUUCUUCAUCACGAUAUUCACUGUUACGAUGGUGACGUACACGGCCAGUUCUUUGUCCCUGGCCAUGGCAACAGGCCAGAAUCUGCACUAUCUGUCAACACUCCUCAUGAACUUCUAUUUUGUGUUUAUGAUGGUUUUUCUGGUUAUCUCACUGUAUGUUGGAACUAUUCCACCUAAGCUUUCUUGGCUUCAGUACUUAAGUAUUCCUCAUUAUGGCUUUAGGGCUCUGCAGCAUACUCAAUUUUUGGGACAGAACUUCUGUUUAGAACUUGGUACAAUAGGAAGCAAUACCUGCAGCAACUAUGUGAUAUGGUUGUGGCAUCUUUGUAACACAGUUGCUGGCCCCCUGCUGUUCAGGGCAGGAAAUGGAUGGAAAAAGUAGGACCAGAUAAGGAGGAGUGGCCACAGGCUUCACACUCACAGAAGGCUCAUUCUCGCAAGAGGAAGGAGGAAGCUUCUUCAGUAACAAAGAGAGGCCAGGGAUGUUUUUGAAAUGCCUAAAUUCUUAGAGGUGCACAAGAAUGGCAGCAGGCAAUAAUUGUGGCGGCACCAGGUGUUUUUAGUACCAGCCACUUUUCUAACCUGUGGCAAGAAUGCUGCAUCCUGCUCUGCUCUAGCUGCUACCUAAGAUGUACCGGAGAAGAAUUCUUGACAGUCCAGGGCAUGGAUCUCUCACCUUGGGGUUUGUGGCAGAACCUCUUGGGUUUGGUUGUUUUAAUGAUUUUCUUUCUCAUAAUUACCUACUUCAGAUUGUUAUUUCUUAAAAAAUAUUCUUAAAUUCCUCUUUAAUUUACUAUAAAUUACUGUCAUAUUAAACGGAGAAUUGACUUUUCUCCACUUUUU